UCGAGGUACAUGCAUAUUAUUAUCAGUUCUUCUUAAAGACCACUUAUAAGAAUCGAGAGUGUUCAAAUAUCUUCUUAGAUUAUGGCACCCCAUGGAGAGUGUUUGCCAAGGAACAACAACAACAACAACAUUAACAAGAAGAUGUCGAAACCUCCAAGGAUUGAUCACAUUCAAAGAACAAUCUCAGACAUAUCGUUUGAGCUAACGAAGGAAGGGAUUGAUUUGUCACUUGCACCAAUAACUGAGGUUAUGGAAGCCAAGUGUGAGUGCUGUGGAAUGAGUGAAGAGUGCACGCCAGAGUACGUGGAGCGUGUGCGUGACAAGUUCUUGGGGAAGUGGGUGUGUGGUUUGUGUGCUGAGGCAGUGAAGGAAGAGUUGGAGAAAAAUGGAGGGAAGAAGGAAGAGGCAUUGAGUUCACACAUGAGUGCGUGUGUUAGGUUCAACAAAUAUGGAAGGGCCUUCCCGGUUCUGUUCCAAGCUGAGGCCAUGAAGGAGAUGCUGAAAAAGAACAAAAUGGAAGGGAGAAGGACCAAGUCUUUCAACACAAAGGAUCAAAAGAAAGGAGGGAUUGCAAGGAGUUCAAGUUGCAUUCCAGCAAUUACAAGAGAGAUUAAUGGUCUCAUCUCACAUUAGCUAAUUAAUUCUAAGUUUCAUCUUAUAAUAUUAUCACAUUCAGUAUUUAAUUAUUAAUCAAUUCCUAUGUGAAGGGGACAUGGUUUUAUUCUAUCUUUCAUUAAUUGUUUACCUGUUCCCAUGAUUUUGUUUUUUCCUACUGACUAGUGACUGCUCCAAGUUUUAGGGGAUGAACAUGGCCCUAUGUUUUCAUGGAAAGAAAAGAAACCCAAGUUACCUUGAGGUGCAAGGUUUUUUGGGGUCUCUCUCUCACCACAUUCUAGUUUUUGGAAGUUGGUUUGUCUGACUUGACUUCUUUGUCUGUGUUUUAAUUCUAUUGAGAGGGUUAUGGUUUGUUUUUGGUCAGUGGCUUUUCUUGUUUGAAGUAUUCCAUGUAAUCAUGUAUUCUAGUAUUUUCAAUCUCAUUCUGGAAUAACAUUUAUUUGAUGCAUUGAUUUACUCUA